AUGACACAUUUGCGGCAACGAGUGUCUGUUGUCAGCGCACUGCGCAUGCGCGCGGGCCGCCACUCGAGCGCUGCUCCGUCGGCAGGACGCGACACCGCGGCGCGCAAAGCCCAGCGCGGCCACGCCCGCACCCCGGCAGCCCUGGCCCCGCCAGAAGCCGAGCGUGGGCGGGACGCCUCCCCUUCCUCUCUAGACGACGAGGGUGGGCGGAGGCGCGGCCAGCCCCCAGCAUGCCAAGAGCGAAGGUAUUCGCAUGUGGCAGCGCCUGGGGACGGGGGCAGAAUCGAAGGCGGGCGGAGGCAGGGGCGGAGGCGAGGCGUUAGGGGGGGCGGGGCCGGAGGCGAGGCCAGCCCCAGCAGCUCCAGCGCCGCGCCCUCCGGCCCCGACUCGAGCGCGCGCAGCGGGCGCAGCGGCGACAGGGGCGACUCGGACUACGUGAGCCUGGAGGACGCGCGCGGCUCGCUGCCGCACAGCCCCGAGCUGCCCCCCGACGAGUGGACGCGCCACCCGGCCGUGGACUGCGACGCCGGGCGCGCGGCCAUGGGGCCGGCGGAGCAGGAGAUCUGGGCGGGCAUGGAGCGCCAGCCCGCGCCCGUCAACGCGUGGCUCAGCAGCCUCGUGCCCUGCAACCGCUUCCACCCGCGCGUGCUGUCGCCCGGCGCCGCGCCCAUGGACAGCAUCCGCGAGGAGGCCGACGAGGCGCGGCCCGCCACCGCGCUCUUCCACCACGCCUUCGUGCGGGCCGCGCCUCACGGUGACGGACGCGGGAACUACGAUGCUGGAGGUCUCCCGGACGUUGUUGCGUUCAGGAAAGAGGAAUCCAAUGACAUUACGGAUUCUAACUUGGGAGAAAUACCUCUUUGUGAGAAGCAGAGGGUAGACAUUCGUAAGCUAAAUGAAAGCACAGGAAACAACAAUAUACCAGCGAAAGAAGAAAAAACUUUAAACCAAUUAAACGAACUCUUUUUCACAAGUGACGCUCAUCAUAAUAACAAGAACACUAAUAACAGUCAUUUACUCGGGGUUCAAGAGGCACCGUCAAUGAAAUUUCCUCCAUAUUCUGUUUUUGACUGCGCUAAUGAAGUAAUCUCCGUGUCUGAAAAACAAAGAGAAAGAUCUGUUACAAAUCCUGAAGAUAUGUAUGUAGAUGAAGAGCUUUCAGAAACGGAAAAUAAAAUUAGUGAUCGGCGCGGUGGAGAAGGUGCAACUGAAGAUUCCUUAGUGCCUCUUAUCUUGAUUGAGGAUAUCGACGAGUUCACAUCUUCCCGAGUCUCUCCUGGAGGGACUCGUCUUCUGGAAGGCGACGAUGAGUCUCUUGCAAAUGGCAGUGAAGGCGACGGUAGUGACACUUCUGUAAAGAAUUCGUACCGCGGUCACGUGGCCUCACAGGGUUCAGGCAGGGCAAGUCAAUCCGAUGGUGAAUAUGCUUCUGCGACAGUUCAGAGCCGCAAUGAAAAUUUUUAUGACACCUUUUCUCUUGGGAAUGAAAUAUUUAAUUCCCUAAGGCAGGAAACAAACGCUCAAAUGUUUUGUUCACCUGCUUCUUUUCAAAGCAAUAAAAAAUUGCCAUCAACAAUUGUAGAUAUUAACCAAGGAAGCACUGAUCCCUUAGAUUCAGAACGAAACACCUUACAACCACUCACUCAAUCUACACCUCCACACUCUAUCAACUUUGUGGCAGAGAGUUUCUUGGUGGCUGAGUGGCCGCGUGGGUCCUCGCAAGAGGUCGUGUCGCCCGCGAUCCGAGUGUCGCAGUGGAAGCAGUUCUGGGACCAGAAGGCGACCGCACUCAGGCGGAAGGAGGACUGCAAGGGCACGAGUCUGAAAGGCUGCGCCAAGAGAAGCUCCUCCUCGGGGCCUCCCAACUCCCCCCAGCGCCGGCGGCUGCACCCGUCCAUUCGAAUCCCUGGCAUCGUCAGCAAGUGGCGCCAGGCCUUCGAGCACGUGGUCCACUCCAACCAACUGGGGGAGGAGUGCCUACAGUACAAACCGGCGAAGAAGAGGAAGAGUAUAUUGAAGCAACAUUGGAGAGAUGACGAGCAAUCAUUCACCGAUGGUGAAAAUUUAAGCUGCGACUCCAGAUCUCCUAAAAACGAGAAAAAAAAUAGAGCUGAUUUUGGUGCGACUUCUUUCCUAAAUGAGCCCAAAGUGCCGAUGACUCUGGUAAGGAGUCGCAAACAGAGUUUCGAGGCGCUGUUUCAAUCACCGAAGAAACGCACGCCCGAGCACUACUUUAAAACAGUUCCCCCGAGGCGAGGGGCUGCCAACGUGACAGAGUGGCGUAAAUUCUGGGACCAAAACUCUAAAGGUCGCUCUUGCGGCGAGCUCGCGUGUCUUGCGUCGGAAGCAGCGGUUGUAGUUACGGAUGAGAUCUUCGUGGAUGAACCAUCGCCUCUCCUGCAGGCGGGGGACGGCGAAGUCACUGCAGGAGGCUCGGGGACAUCUCAAGAAGCGGGCAGAGGCCGGAGCCAGCUGGAGAGAGCGAAUGCCUUGCGACCAGGUCUCCCUCCCGUCCAGCCGACUGAAACGCAAUCUUCCCUCCCUGUCACCGCACCCAGUUCUUCGUUUUCGUAUCCUGUUACGGAUGUAUGGACGCACGUGGACCAUGUGCCCGUCAGUUAUUCGGAAAAG